AUGUCGAACCCAACGACAUUCUCUUAUGCCCAAGCGGCCAAGGGGAAAUCUGCCACUCCCACCCCAACGAUCCAAGGGAGCCCAGCGAAUAGCCAAGUGGUGAUCACAAGUAGCCAGGCGCGUGACAGCGCGACAGCUGGUGCCACCAUCGAGACAUCACAGCCUGCCACCUCGACGGCAAACGAUCCGAGCUCGUCCGAGGCCAAGAAUGCCACCGUACAAGCGACGCCCUCGGCGACUUCUGAGCAAAAGUCGGAGCCCAGUGGGUCUGUGAUGAGUGAUGAGAUCAAGACAAGCGCGUCUCAGAGUGUGGACAAGAUCGAGUCGGAGACAACAGAACAAACAGCGGAGCGACAGAGUAGAGCGAACGCCUCGGGCACGCGCUCGCAGGAAAGUAACGACAGCAGAAAGUCGAAGAAGGGCAAGAAGGGCAAAGCUGCCGACAAGGACUCGGAGGCCGAUCAAGAGAAGAAGGAUGAACCACAGCCUAAGAUAGAGCUGUCUGAGGCUCCGAUACCGUCUGUCAAUAUCUGGCAACAGAGACUUGGUGAGCAGGCCACCAAGAAUAAGACUACAGCACCUCUCCGCCCUGCGAGCAUUACAAAUGUUCCGAAUGAGAGCGGGUCGACCAGAACCAAAACUGCCACCAACGGCGAAGGCGAAGGCUCAGCAGGGAAUGCGCGCCACGCGUCAAGCGGAAACAAAGCACACCGGAAAGGCGGCGACUCGUUACGAAGCAACGAUGAGAGUGCUCCGAGGCGGGGAGCUCCUCGUGGGGCUAGAACGACCGAUAGAGAAGAGAGAUCGCCCUUGCCCGCCAUCUCCAACGCAGCUUCAUGGCCUACGCCCGAGACUGCCGCAAGCUCCGAAAUCAAGACAUCGACAUCAUCUGAGAAGGACGACAAGGAAGAUGGUAGCGUAGGCAAGGGUGAGAAGAAGAAAUGGAUCGCAGUCCCCUUCGUUCCUACGGCCAAGUUCAAUACGCCGAUACCAGGCAGAGGAACUCCUCGCACUGGUGGCCGUGGGGGAAGUCGCGCGGGCCGUGACGGCCCGACAAGAGGUGCUGCAGGCAGCAUUUCGUCUGGCACAAAUGGGCGAUCACAUGAGACUGGCUUGGGCUCUCGCGCACCCAGCGAAACGAUCAAAGCUCCCCAAACCGAGGCCUCGACGACCCAUGAAGCUCGCAAGUCCAAUGCUUCAGUUCCUGCCGAACCCGUCAAAGCAUCGGGUGAUGCUUUGAUUCCCACACUCCCAGAUGGUGUGAAGCCCACUCCGGGCGUCUCUGAGACCGCGGCUACAGAUCGGAUCAACGCAUCACGCCCGGUUGACGGCCAGAAGUCUGCAGAGAACACCAAAGAGCACGCCCCUCACUCCCGCGAAGGUCACCAAGGAUCGAAUGGAGCAACGCACCGAUCCAGUGACCGCCCACGGGGCGGCCGUGGCGGUCGCGGUGGGCACGGCACCAACGGCACCACGCAUCAGAACCAGCCUUCUUAUGGACAUGGCAGCAACGGAUACCCGUUCCACCCGAACUCUCGGCAGGCAUCACAGCAGGGUGGCCCCAGCUAUUCUCAGGUUCCCUACGCGACAAAUUACUCGGCCGCAUCUUCGGGCACGAAUCAUCGCGGUCGGCCAAACUCGGUUUCAUUGGGUCGGUCCCAGCCUAACAGCCACACCCGGCACAACAACCCAAGGCUGCCGCACAUUCAGCCUCCGCAGGCCAUGCCCUAUGACACCCAGAUAUACCCUCAGACCGCCAUCCCCUAUGAUUACUUCAGUGCGAACGUGCUCGCCCUGGUUCAGACUCAAGUUGAAUACUACUUCUCAGUCGACAAUCUGUGCAAGGACUACUUCCUGCGGAGGAAUAUGGACUCGCAAGGCUACGUUUUGCUUUCUGUCGUCGCAAACUUCAAGCGCAUGAAAGAGAUGACCACGGACUACGACAUGAUUCGUGCAGCGUGCGAGGAGUCCCGCGAGGUGGAGCUCGUCUAUGGCGAAGAUGGACUGGACCGGGUCCGUCGUGUGUCUGGGUGGGAUUCCUGGGUGAUCCAAGACGUCAGUGACCGGGAGUAUCCUGCACAAAACGAUGGCCCUCAGGCUGUGUAUCGACACAACAGGCCUUUUUACCCUCAGUACCAACCUCAGAUGAUGCACGCAGGCUUCAUGCCUGGUGGCCCGGCGAUGUUCUCACCUAAUGGAUCCAAUCUUGGGUUUAUGCCUUACAUGAACGGCAAUCACAUGGGCUAUUCGAUGGCGAACGGAAAUGGUGGUCACUCUUCUGCGCACAACGAUUCCCAGCUAUCUGCCACAGUUCCCGAGUUCGCGCCGUCAGGCUUCCCAGCGGGGCAUGACCAGGCAGUUGCAGAAGGCUCGAAGAGAGGAGCACCGCUUCCUAGAAACGCGAACCAACCUACGAACGAGACUGGCUAUGCCGAGGCUAUAGCUGUGAACGGAGAUACGCCCACAUCUUUGCAAGAUCACUGA